UGAAACGCAUCUGCAAUCAAGGACUAUAAGAGUUUCAGAGGGACACUGCAUCAUACAGGUGAACGAUGUUGUCCAUGCUUUUGCUAAGCAUGUGUUUCUGGGUCUUCUCAGCCACAGCGUCUUUCGAUUACGUUUACACUGAGCCUGAAAACACUCUGAGUGUCAGCAUACCCAAUGAGCUUCCUCUCCGGCCUCUGAUGGGUGACACAUUAGUUCUGCCCUGCUACUUCCAGGACGACACAGUCAAUGACCCUGGUGCCCCCACCAUUGCCCCUUUGUCUCACCGGAUCAAAUGGAGUCUGGUCACCAAGGAAAAGACCACAAACAUUUUAGCGGCAUCUGAAGUAGUAGUAAGCAUCGACAAAAAGUAUCUGGAUAGGAUCACCAUGGUUGGAUACCCUAUGACACCCACAGACGCCUCCAUUAAGGUCACUGAGCUCCAUUCCAAUGACUCGGGAGUGUACCGCUGUGAUGUCAUGAAUGGGAUAGAGGAUGGUCAUGAUAUUGUUGACGUUCAAGUUCAAGGUAUUGUUUUCCACUAUCGUGCAAUCACCACACGAUAUACCCUUACUUUUGAGAAGGCCAAGGCAGCCUGUAUUCAAAACAGUGCAGUGAUUGCUACUCCAAAGCAACUCCAAGCAGCAUAUGAUGAGGGAUUCCACCAGUGUGAUGCUGGCUGGCUUGCAGAUCAGACCGUCAGGUACCCUAUUCAUGAUCCUCGUGAGGCUUGCUAUGGAGACAAGUACCAAUUUCCAGGAGUGAGGACAUAUGGAGUAAGAGACGUGAAAGAGACGUAUGACGUGUACUGCUUUGCUGAGAAAAUGUCAGGAAAUGUGUUCCACACUACUUCCCCUAACAAAUUCACUUUUGAGGAGGCAGAAGCUGAGUGUACAAAGCUGGGUGCCAAGUUGUCCACCACAGGACAGCUGUACCUGGCAUGGAAGGGUGGUAUGGAUGUUUGUAAUGCAGGCUGGUUGGCAGACAGGAGUGUCCGCUACCCCAUCAACAUUGCCCGACCGCAGUGUGGGGGUGGCCUGCUGGGAGUGCGAACCGUCUAUCUGUUUCCCAAUCAGACUGGUUACCCUCUCUCAGACUCCCGCUAUGAUGCAUUUUGCUACUCUGAAAUGGGUGAGGAGGGUUCUGGCUUAUUGCCAUUUGACAUAGAGACGACCACAGAAGCCGGCAGCGGUGUCCUGAGCGUGGACACAAUCACAGAAAGCCCCCAGGUGUUUUUAAAGCCCACAUCCACAAUAAGUGAACUGAAGGGAGAAGUUGUAACAUAUAAGCCCUCAGUGACCACUAGUGUCGAGUUCCCAUAUACUGCACUAAAUAUUUCCCAGCUGCCCCUUUCACCCCCUCCCAGCUCUGCUGAGGUGGUUACGGACAUUGUGGAAGGGAUAACUGACAGGACUGAUCUUGGUUCUGAUUUAUCCCAUUUGAAUAAAACCGAAGCUGUCAUGCCUGCCACAGGGGUGGUCUUCCAUUAUCGUGCAAGCUCCGGUCGUUAUGUCUUUGACUUUGUCGAGGCUCAACUGGCAUGCCAGAGCAUCGGUGCAGUCAUUGCUAGUGCCCAGCAACUGCAGGCAGCCUAUGAGUCUGGUUACCAUCAAUGUGAUGCUGGCUGGCUGUUAGAUCAGACAGUCAGGUAUCCCAUUGUGUCUCCACGUGAGAAAUGCUCUGGUGAUUUGGAGCAUGUUCCUGGGGUGAGGUCUUAUGGACUGCGUUCUGCCAAUGAACACUAUGAUGUGUACUGCUAUGUGGACAAACUACGGGGGGAGGUGUUCCAUGCACGUUCAUUUGAAGGAUUCACUUACGAUGAGGCAGUGGCUUACUGCCAGGGCCAAAAUGCCUCCCUGGCCUCCACAGGAGAUCUGUAUGCUGCUUGGAAGCAGGGCUUUGGUAAGUGCCGUGCUGGCUGGCUUCUUGACCACAGUGUACGUUACUCCAUCAGUAACCCGUGGCAGCAGUGUGGUGGAGGGAAGGCUGGAGUUCACACAGUUUACAAGUUUCCCAACCAGACUGGCUCUCAUGACCUGCACUCCAAAUUUGAUGCAUACUGCAUCAUGGUGGAUCUGGAUCUGUCUCUGAAUGAAAGUGAACCAAAUAUGACGGUGACAGAGGAAAAGAUAGUGAGCGUGACAUCCCUCCCUGCUCUUCUCAAACCUGAAGGAACCACUCCUACUACUAUCCCUGCAGAACCCUCUGGAUCUGGCGCAUCUGGGGCCAGUGGCACUGAUGAUCCUUUGAGCAGUGGGAGCGGGGAUCAGUCGAGUGGAUCACCUGUUUCAAGUGGAGACUCUUCUGGGGCCAGUGGCACCGAUGAUCUGUUGAGCAGUGGGAGCGGGGAUCAGCUGAGUGGAUCACCUGUUUCAAGUGGAGACUCUUCUGGGGCCAGUGGCACCGAUGAUCUGUUGAGCAGUGGAAGCGGGGAUCAGCCGAGUGGGUCAUUUGUUUCGAGUGGAGACUCUUCUGGAGCCAGUGGCACUGGCGGUCUGUUGGGCAGUGGGAGCGGUGAUCAGCCGAUUGGGUCAUUUGUGUCAAUUGGAGACUCCUCUGGGGCCAGUGGUAGUGGGGAUCUGCCAAGUGGAUCUGGAGGCUCAUCAGGAUCUGGCAGUGGCUCAGAUAUCCAAGUGACCUUUUUAGGAAGUGACUCUGUUUUAUCAGGAGUUGAAUCAGCUUCAAGACGACCUAAGGAGGCUGGAGAGGCAGGCACAGAGAUCCUCACCUUCCCCCUUGGCCAGGGCUCAGGCCUCUUCGGACUGGACACCUCUGGAUCGGGAUCAGGGAGUUGGUCAGGGUAUAGCUUUGAAGAGAGUGGCUCUACCUCAGACUUUUCCAGCAGCUCAGAAGAAAGCGACGAGAGUGGAGACCUUUCUGGCAUCUCUUCAGGAUCAGGUUCCAGUGAGGAAUCCUCAGGAUUCAAUGGUUUUCCAUCAGGAUUUUUUCCCUCUGGAGGAUCCAGUGGCAUUUCAUUCAUCGAUGGCAGUGGUGUCAUGGUGGAUAGCUCAUGGUUGAAGGUGUCCACUGCUCCACAUUUAAUAGAACAAGAGCUGGGUGGAAGCCAUUUGGAUUUUAGCAGAUCAGGACAUAUCUCAGAGUCUGGGGUGAGCGGUGAUAUCUCUGGGAUGAGUGGUGAUAUAUCUGGAGAUAGUGGUGUUCACAGUAGCUCUGGGAGUGGUUUAGAGUUUUCUGGUCUGACAUUUUUGGGGUCGGGCUUCAUUGAUCUCAAAGAACAAUCUCGUGAGCAGGAAGCUUCUGGACUUUUGCUGUUUGGGUCUGGUGAGGGAAGUGGAUUUACAUCUGGAGGCUAUGCCACUGAAUCAGGAGAAAGAUCAGGGGAAUCAGCUAGCGGUGAGAUCAUCUUCUUCACUAAUAAUGGCAUGGUGGAAAUGUCCAACAAGCCCUUCCAAAGCAUGGAGCUAGGAAGGGGGGAGGUGGAGUACAGUGACACUGUCAGGGUGUCCUCAGGGAGUGGAGACGACCAAAGUGCCUAUGGUAGUGGACAAGAACACGAAUGGAUCCCAGUUACUGAAGAUACGCCAAAAGUGAACUCCAGUGAUGCUCCUUCAGCUGUACUAUCUGCUCAAGGGCCAUCUGGCCUCUACAGUGAUGCUGCAGGACCUCCAGUGCUUUAUUCAGAACCAGAGGGGACCACGAGUAAACUUGAAACUGUUACUUCUGCAGUUUUGUCUUCUACCACAGAACCUAUUUCUUUACAGAGCCCUUCUGUCACAGAAGGACUUGCUGUGAAUGCUUCUCUUAACCCAUGUGAACCAAACCCUUGUGGAGCUGGGGUGUGUUCAGUGAAGGAUGGGGUGGGCGUGUGUUACUGCCCACCUGGACUGCAUGGAGAAGAGUGCCAGUUUGAGGUUGAUGUUUGCCAUUCAAAUCCUUGUGCCAAUGGAGCCACCUGUGUGGAGGUGGAGGACACUUUCGAAUGCUUAUGUCUGCCCAGCUACGAAGGAGACCGCUGUGAGAUUGAUGUGCACAGCUGUGAGGAGGGCUGGACUAAGUUUCAGGGCAACUGUUACUUGCAUUUCUCGACGAGAGAGACCUGGUUGGAUGCUGAGCAGCGCUGUCGAGAUUUAAACGCUCACCUGGUGAGCAUUAUCACUCCAGAGGAGCAAGCCUUCAUCAACGCAUAUGCACAAGACUAUCAGUGGAUUGGACUGAAUGAUAAAAUGGUGGAAAAUGACUUCCGCUGGUCAGAUGGGACCUCACUGCAAUAUGAGAACUGGAGGCCUAACCAACCCGACAAUUAUUUUAACUCUGGUGAAGACUGUGUCGUAAUGAUCUGGCAUGAAAAUGGCCAAUGGAAUGACGUGCCAUGCAACUACCACUUACCUUUCACAUGCAAAACAGGUCCAGUGACAUGUGACCAACCUCCUAAAGUGGAGAAUGCCAGGAUGUUUGGAAACAAGAAGAAUCGCUACCAGGUGAAUUCUAUAAUCAGAUACCAGUGCAGUGAAAACUUCACACAGCGCCACCUACCUGUGAUCCGCUGCAUGGCAGAUGGACAGUGGGAGAAGACGCAAGUGCGAUGCAUAGCCAAGGACAAAUCUGGACUGCAAAAGGAAUCUUCUGUUCAUCACUCUCAUAAAUCUAUUGCAACAACAUUGGAGAAACAUCUCUAA